UAUGUGUCGAAUUUUUUUAAAUUAUUAAUUUUGUCAACAAAAAAUAAAUGUCUUAAGUGAGAAAAUAAAAUAUUUUAUCACAAAAUAAACAAAAGGUAUAAAGCUAUUGAUAUCUUCGUUCUCUUUCCGUUGAUAAUUGAGAGAGAAAGGGAGGCCAUGGAGAAGAGAACUGGUGAAGAAGAUACAACAACAUUGUAUGAAGCAGCAAUGAGGGGUUGUACAGAAACCUUAAACUCAUUAAUCCAAAGAGACAGACUCAUUCUUAACAGAGUUUCACUCACCUCUUUUGCCGAUACACCUCUGCACAUAUCAUCUCUUCUUGGCCAUCUUGAUUUCACCACAGCUAUUCUAACACAAAAUCCUAAAAUGGCUACGAGGCUCGACUCGCUUAAGAGAUCCCCCCUUCACUUAGCUUCUGCUGAAGGCCAUACCGAGAUCAUCAAAGCUUUGUUAGCUGUGGAUAAUGAUGUUUGCUUGGUUCGUGAUGAAGACGGCAGGAUUCCUCUCCACUUAGCUGCCAUGAGAGGCAAUGUUGAGGCCAUACAAGAAUUGGUAAGUGCACGUCCAGAUUCGACUUCUGAGCUGCUAGAGGGGGAUACAGUUUUACACUUGUGUGUAAAAUAUAACCAUUUGGAAGCUUUAAGGCUAUUGGUGGAAACGGUUGAUGGUGUUGAGCUAGUCAGCAGAGGAAAUCAAGAUGGCAAUACCAUCUUGCAUUUAGCUGUCAUGCUAAAGCAAUUAGAGACAAUAAGAUACCUGCUUUCCGUACCUGGAGUGAAAGCAGGAGAGAAUGCCUUGAAUAAAAUGGGUUUGACAGCCUUGGAUAUCUUAGAUCAUUGUCCUCGAGAUUUCAAAAGUGCUGAGAUUCGAGACAUUAUAAUGGAAGCUGGAGGCGGAAGAUCUACAAGGCGAAUAAAAAAUCCCCUGCAAGCCCAAUCCGCAGUAGCAAUUACAGUUCCCAGAAAGUCAUCAAGAGGAGUAAAAGGAUGGCUCAAGAAAAGCACGAGUUAUAUGCAACUUCAAGGUAAUUGGAUAGAAGAAACUCAAGGUACAUUAAUGACAGUAGCUACUCUUAUCGCCUCCAUCACUUUCCAGGGAGCAUUCUCUCCACCAGGAGGUGUCUGGCAACAAGAUGAAACCCAAAGUCAAACUUGCAGGGACACUGAGGAGCACAUGUGUUCUGCUGGAACUGCAAUUUUUGCCUAUGCUCUUCCAAAUUCACAUAAGCUUUUCAUGACUUACAACAGCAUUUCUUUUGUUGCAUCUCUUCUUGUCAUCUUCUUGAUAAUCAGCGGAUUCCCUCUUCGAAAUAAAAUAUGUAUGUGGGUUUUGACAGUAGCGAUGAGUACUACACUUGUGUUCAUGGCUCUUACUUAUCUAAUUUCUAUGGCCAUGGUGACUCCUGAUAAUAUUCUUACGCAACUGGAUUGGAUAAAGAAGACAUCAUUGUUUGUCUGGCUUGGAACAGUCAUAUUGGUUAGCCUGAUUCACAUGAUUCGCCUGCUCACUUGGACAUCAAGGUCGAGAAUAAGUUGCGGAUGUAAGCAAAAGUGGUGGAUUAAGAGUUUGCAGAAGAAAUUCCAACGACAUCAGCAAACAACUUGUGCCGAACAGAAUCCUUUGGCUCGCGUUUAAUUAACAUACUUAGAACACAUUUUUAUUGCCAUUCUUUCUAUUCCAAUAAAUAAACAAUGUAAUCAUUUCUUUUGUGAUUCCUUACUCUCUAUAUUUCUGAAUCUAAAAUUGCAUUCGGGAAUUUCUUUUUUUUUUUUGCUUUGAUUUCUUAUGCCAAGAUUGGUCAAUAAUCGAACAAUACUGCUUAUAACU